UUUGUUUAUUUAUUUUUGCUACACAAUCACAAACAAAUAAAAAAAUAAUAAUAAAAGAACAAAAAUAUAGAAGAAAACUAAAUAUUCAUAAUUAAAAAAAAAAUGACCAAGUUUGCCGGGGACUCUAUAAUAAGUGCUUAUGUCAAUAUGCUGGAUAAAACGCAAUCGAAUCAUAAACUACCAGAAUACAGUGAAAUAUAUUUGCGGUUGGCUUUUAAGCAAGUCAAUGGUAAAAAUCAUACAAUUUUACCGGAUACCUUGCAACUUUAUCGCAAACUUCUUGUUUUAAACUAUUGUGAAGAAUAUCCCUCUAUAAAAUCAGUAAUUGCUAUCAUGGAGAGAUGUUUCAGUGUAGAAGAUAUAUACGGUAUUGUAGCUGAACAAGAUGAUUUACUUAGGAAAUGGUGGGAACUUGGAAAUAAUUAUAGUAAUAAACAUAGUAAUAAUGUUCGAAAACGUAAAAUAUCGUCACUAGACGAAGUAGAAUCAUUGAAGAAAGAAAUAAAUAUUUGACAUAUUACACAAUAUUAAAAA